AUGCCAGCACAUAAACGUAAAUCAGACGCCUGGGACGCGUCAUCUUCGAAGAAAUCGCGUACUUCGCAUUCCUUUGCAAAAGCGCUCAUCAAAACUAUUCUGGUCAACCCUGAUUCGUACCCAAUCCCAGAUGAUGACGACACCCGUCAGUCCCUGGUUGAGCUGGCUCAUAAUCUCAGAAAGGCCGCUCACAGUGGUAUCAAGAAGCAGAUGACUUGGAAACCGUCGUGCAAAGCUGGCACCGCCAAGUGGUGCUAUGAUGGCGUUUGCGCUAAUCCCGUCGUCUUCGAUGAGUUUGAAAAUCCCAUUGGUGACCUCAACGCCUCUGCCAGCGGAUAUUCGGACCUCUACGUCAAAGGCCAGCACGUAAACAUCCGCUGGAGCAAUAGUGGAGAGUUCAAGUUUAGUGGAACGUAUGGCGCAUAG